UUUACUUCAGGAGUGGCUGCGAUUAGUAUAGUAUGUACUUUUAAGUUCACUCGUUCAAGUUACCGACCUUUUUAACAGUUAUUUUUCAUGUUAUCUUUUUUAACGAUUUAUCCAUCGCUUGUUUUUAAGGUUUCGAGCCAACCCGUUAUUUUACGAAUACACAACCAUAAUGGAGAUUGAGGCAUGGACAAAAUGGACGUUGCUGGUUAUCGCUGUAGGCGUUUGUUUUUGUGAAAAUAUUGAAGUUUCAACACCUAAGGGUAAAAUCAUUGGGUCUGACAGACUAAGGACAAUAUUUGGCGAUCGUAUCAUUUACAGCUUCACUAACAUCCCCUAUGCUAAGCCUCCUGUUGGAAUUAUGAGGUUCCAGGAACCCGAGGAACUGGACUCCUGGGACGACCCUAUUAAUGCAACCACAAAGGUCCCUUACUGCCCUCAACUUGUGAAUGAUAAUGCCCCUUAUCCGCAGGUCAUGGGGACGGAAGACUGUCUUGCUCUCAAUGUGUAUACACCGAAGGUUAACAAAUCGGCAAAACUUCCAGUGAUGAUCUUCUUUCAUGGCGGAAAUUUCGAUGCAGGGAGUAGCGCCACUUAUGGGCCCGAGCUAAUGCUGGAUAAAGACAUCUGCUUGGUAACCGUGAAUUAUAGAUUGGGUGUUCUAGGCUUUCUUACCACUUGCGAUGAAUUUAUCCCUGCGAAUAUUGGUUUGAAAGAUCAGUCAUUGGCUAUUAAAUGGGUCCAUGAUAAUAUUGAAUAUUUUGGUGGGAAUCCUGAUCUGAUCACCGUAAUGGGAGAGAGCGCAGGGGCUGCAUCAACUCAUUUGCAUCUCUUGUCACCACUCAGCAAAGAUUAUAUUCAACGGGGCAUUAUAAUGAGUGGAACCGUGGAUUGUCCCUGGGGAUUCAUGACCCGCCGGCUCGCCGUUUACAGGACGAAAGCGUUGGCUGUGCUCUGCGGUUGUCCCCCCAAUCCCUCAUCGGAGCUCCGGGAGUGUCUGCAAACCGUCCCGCUUCAGCAGAUCCUGGAUGCAGCUCGGAAGUUUCAUGAGUGGAUCCUUGUGCCGCCAAUCGUCUAUAGGCCGACUAUUGAAAAAAACGGCACAAAAAAUUUCCUUCCGGCGGACCCUCGAACUUUGGAAUCAAAAAUUCCUAUCUUAUUGGGAAUGACCUCUGGUGAAGGAGGGCUAUUUGCUCCGAAAAUACUCAAUGCUGGACCGGAGUAUGAAAACGAUCUGAGAACCAUACCAUACUAUAUCCUGCCGAGGCUUCUUCUGUUGCGGGAGGAUUUCCCGAAGGACAAAGUUCGUGCGGUCACCGAUGAGAUUAUGGAACAUCACUUCGGCCAAAAAACUAUCGAUUACAACCAGAUAGGCGGAAUAGUCGAACUGUUCACGGACAGGUGGUUUCUGCACGGAACCAUCGCGACUGCUGAAAAUUACAAGGGAGAGGCGUACCUUUAUUACUAUGAUUAUCUACAUACCGACUUCCGCAAGACUCCAGUUGCAAAAAACAGGGUCGAAGGAACAGUGAGUCACGCUGAUGACUUACUCGAUUUCUUCCCAAUCCUUAAAAACCGAACUUGGACUGACGAGGAAAUCGCUGUUUCAAAAAGGAAUAUUGAUCUCUGGACCUAUUUUGCCAUUCACGGGAAACCGAAUCGGACCGCCUUUCCAGAGUGGGACACGGCUGAUACAAAAAAGUAUCUACACAUUACGGGAGAUGGACUGACGGUCGAGGAAGAUCUUUUGCCAGAGAGAGUAAACUUUUGGCGGUCUUUGUACAGCAACGAAUCGUCGUCUCAACGAGAAUCCUGAAUCAAUCAAUGAAAUCAGAUGGGCAAUCAAAGAACUAGAUAUCAUGAAUUCAUUUGAAAGAUCGCAGUGGACCUCUUAGGCACCUUGUAGCUACGUCAUCUGAAUAAAAGCAUCUUGAGCAUUUU